CGUAAACGGGGCAAACGGGGAAGCAAGAGGUCGGAGAAGCCGAAGAAGUCAAGCCGAGGGGGUUCACCAGAUGCGGGGCAGGCGGACACGGGCGGGACCCGGGGAGGAACUGGACCAACAUGGGAGAACAGGGCUAAGGCUGCAAGGUAGACAGCGAUAAAUGCUCAACGCAAAUUGUCGAAAAAGUUAAUGCUGGCUGCCGUAGCUCUCCUUUCGGAAUCGGAUCAGACAAGCUGACCUUCGAUGUGCAUCAGUGAAUGGCGAGUGCCCACUCGCUCACCAGUCGGACUCUCCUGGACUGCUUUUGGUUGGUACUGACCACUGCAUACCAGGACCACUCCACCAGACCUCCUGGUUUGGAGAUGCUCUGCCCCAUCUAGCCAUCGCAAUUUGGCCCUUGUCAAAGUUGCUUAUUUUUCCUGCUUACAAUACCAGCUUCUAGAAUGGAUUGUUCACUUGCUUAAUAAUCAUGGUCGUUCACUUUACCUGUCAGGGGUUUUAAUGUUAUGGCAGUAAUGUAAUGUUACUUUGCACACAUUUACUGUUCCACGCAUGUCCAUUUUGUCCAUUGCUGUGAUAGCACUUGUUUGACAAACCGAUGUGCACUGGCCUAUGCAUUGCACCAUUUCCUGCUCUAAGCUCUUUGACCAGCAACCUACUCUCUAGUGAGAGUUGGAAACCUUGAGAAAUGAACCGCUUCUCAACAUAUUUGGCUGGAAAUGGUGAAAUUGGCUGGGGAACAGCAGAUCGGCACUGGGGUACGUGCCCCAGUAAAAGGGGUGACACGACAUCCAUGUAGUAACAUAUAUUCACAGCAAUAUGGGGAGUGUGCUGAAGAGCCAUCUGCUUAGUCCACUGAACCACACCGUGCCCUGGGAAGCAGAACAGACACUGGGAACUAUGAGGUACAUAAGACUCGAGGAACACACAGAAAGGGAUGGGCUGCGACCCCUACUGGCCAAACGGGGAACCUGACCAAAUGAAGGGAGCAAGACAAAGUUCGAUCCUGACAAAUCCAGGUACAGGGAAAAAUCUGGAUUCAAGUUUUUGUAUUCUGCAUCUAGCAGAGUAGGGGGCGCUAUAGAUAGAAUAUUAACUACACCAUUCCGUUUUGUUUUUUUAACGUUGGGGUUGGGGAUCACCAACCCCGUCUGGCCAAAAGACAAGGAAAACCACGAGACGAUUUGCCUGCAUGAGGAGAGGCCCAAAGAAAUGAGAAAUCCAAAGAUUCAUUUUACGUCAUACCCAACAGAAAUCUGACCAAUGUAACAACAGAAAUACACUAAAAUGACAGCUCCUACCACCAAGUCUGAUUAACUGGGAGGCUGGGAAAUAAUCAACUAACACAGCGAUGACUUAGUGCUCAAAUGUGCACCUGAACUAUCAUUCGGAUUUGCAAGCAAAGGGUCGCGGGUAAAAACCUCAAACAGAGACUGGGGGAAAUAAUUAAUUCAUCACUUUCGUCGUAGAUGCAAAUCGAUACACGUCGCUAAGCACAAAACACUGCUGUUCCAGGACACAGGGAAUCAGCAGGGAACCGUGUUUACAGCGAAGCGAGAAAGCAAGCCAGAUGCAGCGGAGUACCGAAGGUUUUACGAAGAUGCGUAAUGAGCUACGUUCUUUAUAGAAACUCUGUUAUUGUGGUAGUUAUAUGUAUUUCACUGUCCAGGGGGAAACAAAUCCCCGUAAUUUUACUACAUGCCUGUGGUGAUGUAUGGUGGAUCAAGUUUGGAUCAGGAAUAAAACCUGAGGCCGACAUUUGGAGGACAAAGGAUUAGAAUUGAAACGUAUUCCAUUAUUCGCCAUUAUAGCUUUUAGUCCUUUACACUUACAAGUACAAAAAAAAAAAACGGUCUGACUUGGCAAAUACAUUGGUGACCAGAUAAUCUAUAUCAGGGGGGACACUUUGAGCUAUUUCAGGUUUUACAAACUACUUUAAAACUGAAAGGCUCCCGUGCUCGGAUAAAUAGUUUUAGGUUCUCUUCUGCUUUGACUGGUCUAGUUCCUAGAUUGAAAGACUCAUCCUGCUGUUUCGCAUUAACUGAAAUGGACGUCUACAAACCCCGCGCUACCUCAGAUUGUCCCCCCCCGACAUAGAUUACCUGGUAACAGGAACUUGAGACGAACACUGACUUCGCUUUGAAGCCAUGACUAAAUGAAACAUCCAAAUUGCAAGUACUGGAGGCUGCGCUCGCAUAACACAGCUGCAGAGAUGGAGCACAGUCUGGGGGGCCUCGUCCUCGUCAUCACAUUUCUUGGCAUCCGAGCCACUCGAGAGAACGCCAGGAUUGUGACAGCGGAGGAAGGAAAGUCAUUUACUGUCAAAUGCUCGACGACCCAAGAUACCGAAUCAUUGCAUUUGUACCAAAGGAUGGAGUCGGAGAAGAAAGUGCUCUAUUAUUUCAGGAGCCCCCCUAAGUGCUCACCUACAGAGGGGUAUGUAGGCAGAGUGAAGACAGAGGACGAGAUGGCAGAUGUCUCAAUCACUAUUACCAACGUAACAGAUGAUGACUCUGGUCUCUACUGGUGCUCAUACAAUAUUAUUCGGGACAACGAUGUAAAGAAGUUCACCAGCAAAAUUACUCUGGUUGUAGUCAAUGCGAACCUGAAGCCGUGUCCACCUCCCGAACCAGUGCUGACUGCCAGCCUGUGGGUCCCCAUUGCCAUCUGUACCGGCUCUGUAUUCCUGCUGGGUGUCUUCAUCCUUCUCUUCUGUCUGGGCCCUACGCUGAAAAAAGCCUGUGGCAAGAAAAAAAACUAUAACGGAAUAUAUGAAGACAUGCGACACCCGUCCGUCUCUCGCCCGAAGCCUUAAACUCAAGGGAGAGGAUGUAGACAAAUCAUAUGACUAAUCCCCAUUUCAUGAUUAAUCAUCUUUAUUAUCAUAAACUUUAACUGUAAAUAUCAACUAACUGCAGCUACAGCAGUUGUAUAUAUUGUAUGCAUGCUGAUUUAAGGCGGUACGAAUCCUUCCAUUUCAUCAAAUCAGAUAACAUGCUCUGCAAUGCACUUGUCAUCAGUUCUGUUUAAAGGAUGUUUUUUUAUACAUAGUAUCGCACUUGUGCCAUUGAAACUCACAGGUCUAUAUUUUGACCCAGUUUUCGGGGCUUCCUAUGGUGUGUCGAUCUGGUUUCCUCUGCUGCACAGCACUUUCUGCCUAGCAGCGGUUGCAAAACAGUGUCGUGUUCAUCAAAAUAUAUUCACAACAAUAUAGGAAGUUGGCUUAAGCCUGCUCAGCCCACUGAACACUGAACAAUGUCGUGCUUUUUACUUGAAUAAGCCACUGUUUUCAAUCAAGUGUCACAUUUCAAAAUUCAUAGUAUCAUAGUUAUUUUUAUUUAAUAAAUUUUUAAUAAAAAAUAGUCGUUUAACUAA